AUGGAGGAAAAAUUAGCAAGGGCUAAAGGCAGACACCUUGGUCUCGGCGCGUAUUUGAAAACUCUUUUAAGUGAAUUAAACGAGUAUGUUUCUUCGGAAAGCGGUGAUUGCGAGCAAUCUAAACUCCUUGGGUUGAGAAACAAUGUGGCUAGUAUCAUCGAACAAUUGGCGACUGUGCACAAUGAAAUAUUAUCCUUGAUAGAUCCAAAGGACAUUGAGCCGGAAAUUAUUCGUCACAUGAAAGCCUUAGAACCUAGUCACCAAGUUUUGGCAAAGGCGGAUUUGAAACUUGAAGAAAUUAAGCAAGGGCAAAGUAAUAUUAAUAGCACAAGUUAUUCCUUAGGUGCAGCCGGUUUAAGCACAAAUAGAAGUCCUGCGCAUUGUAAGCUGCCACAAUUAGCAUUACCAGAGUUUACGGGGGAACCCUUAGAUUGGCAGGGGUUCUGGGAUCAGUAUCAAGUGUCGAUCCACAGUAAUAUAAACAUAAGUGAUAUUGAUAAAUUCAAUUAUUUAAAAGGUUGUGUGAAAGGGGAAGCCCUUGCGGCUAUUUCAGGGUUGACUUUAACUUCAGAUAAUUAUCAGGAGGCAGUUCAGGUUUUAAAGGAUAGAUUUGGGAAUGAGCAGGUGCUCAUUUCUGCACAUAUGGAGUCUCUACUUAAAAUUAAUAAAAUUAAGUCAGUUGAUAACAUUAAGGGGUUAAGGAUGUUGUACAGUCAUGUUGAAAACUGUAUGAGGAACUUGAAAUCUCUUAAGCUUGACACCAGUGGGUAUGGCUCUCUUCUCAUUCCAAUUUUAAAGGACCGCUUGCCCGAUGAGAUUAAUAUGAUUAUUUCGAGACAGUUUUGUGGUAAAGUAUGGAACUUAGAUAAGGUUAUGGAAUUUUUUAACAAUGAGCUUCGUGCUCAAGAAGAUUGUAAUUUCUCAUUGAGUAAUAAAUCAGAUGGUAGAUCUGACAAUUUCAGGAAAAGGGAGCCCUAUACAGCAAGUGGGUUAUUCAGUCAAACUAGUAAAACCCCCUGUAUAUAUUGUAAUGAGGGGGGACAUCUUCCAUCUAGGUGUAGUAAGGUCUCGAAUCACCAUUCUCGGAAAGACAUAUUACGGAAAAAAGGGAGAUGUUUUAUUUGUUUAGAUUCGAGACAUAUAGCAAAAAAUUGUACGGCAACUUAUGUUUGUAAACGGUGCAACAAGGGUAAACACCACAUUUCCAUUUGUGAGGCAGCUUCGGGCAGACGAAAUGCAAGUAAGGAGAAUGGGAGCAAAGAGGAUGAGGAGAGUAGGGAAUUUGUAGGUCAUACUGGCUGUGACCAGCAGGGAAUAUUAUUACAAACAGCUAGAGUACAGGUCUAUGAUGAGGAGAAUAUUGGUACUCAAGUAGCUACCAGGAUUUUGUUUGAUAGUGGAAGCCAGCGGUCUUACAUUUCUGAUAAGGUUAGAGCUAGGUUGCAGUUAAAGUCGAUCAGGUCAGAAAAGGUCAUAAUUAAGACCUUUGGUCAGGACAAUGAUAGCAAGGUUAAGAGACUAGAUGUCGUUCAGGUCAAAGUCAAGAAUAAAUCUGAUUCUAGGUGCACCAGUGUUGAGGCUUUAUGUGUUCCCACAAUUUGCAGCCCUCUUACUAACCAAUAUAUCUCAAAAACGCAUGAUUUGGAAGAAUUUGAGGACUUGGAAUUGGCUGACCAUGAAGGCGAUUCUCCAAACCUCCCAGUAGGAAUUUUAAUCGGGGUAGAUUAUUACCACACGUUCAUGACAGGAAAGGUUGUGCGAAGUAAGGCGGGUCCAGUAGCAUGCGGAACUAAGGUGGGAUGGGUAGUAAGUGGCAAAAUUGGGACAGGUCCUCCUGACCUGCAUUGUUUCGAGACCCAUAUCCUACGUGCCUCAGUUGAAUGUAAAGAAACAUCAGACGCUUUACGACAAGUUUUAGAUAAAUUUUGGUCCGUGGAGACUAUAGGCUCCUCCAGUGACUGUGUGGUCAGUCAGUUUGAAAAUGACAUAGGGCACGACGGGACCCGAUAUGUAACGAAAUUACCCUUUAAGCCAGACCAUGAGCAGCUGCCAGACAACUUUAGUGUAUGUGAAGGGCGUUUAACAUCUCUAAAACGGCGUUUAACAUCCAAAGGAAUUCUCAGGGAGUAUGAUACGAUCUUUACAGAGUACGAGAAAAACGGAAUAAUUGAACGCGUUCCUUCACAUGAGAUUGCUGGGGAAGUAGGUGGGGUCCAUUAUCUCCCGCAUCGACCGGUCGUGCGUGAGGACAAGCAGACUACGAAAAUUCGGGCAGUUUUCGACGCUUCGUGUCAGGUUAACGGCCCCUCACUUAACCAAUGUUUGUAUUCAGGACCAAAUCUUAUUGCCAAGAUAUUUGACAUCCUAGUGAGAUUUAGGCUUAAUAAGAUAGGCAUCCUAGCAGAUAUAAAACAGGCGUUCCUUAACAUCGCUAUAUCUAGGGAGCAUAGAGAUUUUGUACGGUUUUUGUGGUAUGACCUCAAUUCUAAAGAGGAAAAAAUAAUCACUUACAGAUUUUUACGGGUAGUUUUUGGACUAACGAGUAGUCCUUUCUUGUUAAACGCGACGUUGAGGCACCACCUUAGCAAGUAUGUAGAGAAGGAGAAUGCAGUCGUAGAGCGUAUUCGCGAGGAUUUGUACGUAGAUGAUUUGGUUAGUGGAGGCGAUAGCGUUGGUACAGCUAAGGAAAUAUAUGAGACUAGUAAAGCCAUUAUGCUAGAGGGAGGGUUUGAAUUACGUAAGUGGGUAACUAACGAUCCAGAACUUCGAGCAUAUAUUUCAUCGACAAUGGGUGACAAACCUAAUUCCCAACCCCUAGGGGAAGAUCUUACUUAUGUCGAGGUAAUGUCGCCUAAUUUAGUUACGCCAAAUCAGGCUGUCUUAGGUGUUGCGUGGGAUACCAUCACGGAUGAGUUUGUUUUUCAGUUCGAUAAUUUCUUGAGCAAAUGUGCGAGCCUGAAGCAAACCAAGCGGAAUUUACUGAGUGCAUCGGCCUCAAUUUUCGAUCCAUUGGGUGUGAUUGCUCCCGUCACCGCCAGAAUCAAAACAAUAUUUCAGUUGUUAUGUAAAGACAAAUUAAAUUGGGAUGACCUUAUCCCACCGGCACUUGCGUCAAUUUGGAACAAGUUUUUAGAUGAAUUAAAAUCUCUGCGGGAAGUAAGACAACCUCGGUUUGUUUUUCAUUUAAAUUUUCAUUCCGGAAUCCGAGUUGAACUUCACGGGUUUUGUGAUAGUUCAAAAGAAGUCUAUAGUGCGGUCAUUUAUCUGCGGUUUGUUUGCAGUAAAAGUGCAAAAGUGUCUUUUUUGGCGGCGAAAACCAAGGUGGCGCCUUUAAAAACCCUUACUAUUCCCAGGUUGGAACUAUUGGGGUGUUUGUUAUUGAGCAAGUUGAUCAAUGAGGUUGUACUUGGUAUACGAGGGCGUGUAGAGUUGGAUGAAAUAUUCUGUUGGUCGGAUUCAGAGGUGGCGUUGAGUUGGAUAAGGGGAAAGGAGCGAAGCUGGGAACCUUGGGUGGAGAAUAGAGUUGUCACCAUUAGAAAGGUUGUCGAUCGUGAGCGGUGGAAUUUUGUUAAAGGAGAACUGAAUCCUGCAGAUAUCCCCACUAGGAUAUCAACUAGUCUAGUUGAGUGUUUCUCAGGAUGUUGGUUUACUGGUCCUUCGGUGUUGUUGUCUCAACCUUCUGCAUACAGAGGCGAGAGAAGUGAUACCCUUUGUGAUCAAACGUCUUUGGGCGGGAAGGUUGUGGAAGAGGUUAGUCAUUCUUCUGAUGUUCUUUUCAACAACGCGACACGGAAUGACAUAUCAGGCGAAACGUGUUCAUUGUCUGAUGUCAUAGACUGCACUCGGUAUAGCUCGUUGAACAAGUUGGUUGUCACCACUGGUUACGUGAUAAGAUUCUUGAACAAUUUGCGAAAACGAACGAAGAACCAUGGAAACUUAAUCACGGAGAACGUUCUAACGGCUGACGAAUACGAGCAAGCGUUACACAUGUGGAUUAAAGAAGAACAAUCUCUGAUAAAGGGACAAUCAAAUUUUGCUAACGUUUGUGCUUCAUUGAAUUUGUUCGAAGACAAAGACGGAUUUUUACGGUUAAAGGGACGGUUCGCUAAUUCUAAUCUGCGGUACCAAGACCAGCAUCCAAUGAUAUUACGAGGAAACGAAAGCUAUUUCACACAAUUAGUCAUUUGGGACGCGCAUAAGGCGAGUAUGCACCACGGAGUGGAGUCGACAUUGGCAAGAGUACGGUCAAACUACUGGAUUGUGAAAGGGAGAAAAAGUGUCAAGGAAGUCCUCAGAAAAUGUGUGAUUUGCAAACGGUACCAAGGAAAGCCGAUGUGUGCUCCUGCUAGUCCUGAUCUGCCACAGUGUAGAAUCGAUCAUUCGGGAUUCGCGUUUCAAGCGACGGGCUUGGAUUUUGCUGGACCGUUGUUUGUGAAAGAUGGUGCAGAAACGGUCAAGACGUACAUUCUACUGCUAACGUGUGCCACAAGCAGAGCGAUCCACCUCGAACUGGUCUACUCGAUGUCAAGUGACGGAUUUUUGCGAGGAUUUCGGAGAUUUGUAGCUCGUAGGGGUGUGCCGGAUGUCAUUAUCAACGACAACUUUAAGACUUUCAAGUCAGCGGAGGUCAAACGAUUCAUGUCAUAUCAAGGCAUUCGGCAACAGUUUAUUCUACCAGCGUCCCCAUGGUGGGGUGGCUUUUACGAGCGACUCGUCCGGACAGUUAAGGGUUGUUUAAAGAAGACUCUCGGGAGAGCAUAUACGACAUUCGAAGAGCUGCAGACAAUCUUGUGCGAAGUAGAAGUGGCAAUCAACAAUCGGCCACUUACGUAUGUCAGCGAGGAUGAUUUGGACGAACCUUUGACGCCAUUCCACCUGAUGUACGGUCGAGGCUACUGCAAUCGGAUGAAAAACACGGAUACCAUACUUACGGCGAGCCUUGGACAGUACAAACAGCGGUUGAAACACUUACGGAAAAUAUUGAGAGAUUGUUGGACGCGGUUUCGAAGGGAAUAUUUGAACGAGCUGAGACAAAUGAACCUCUACCGGAAAAGGAAAACCAAUACGCGAGGUCUGACCGUUGGUGAUGUUGUUUUGAUUAAAGAGGAUGAACCAGCACCUCGGGCACAGUGGAGGAUUGGAAGAGUCUUGCAGCUGGUGAAAGGACGUGAUGGACUGGUCAGGGGAGCUAAAUUGAAGGUUCUAUCAAAGAGUGGAUCUCAGUCGUCGGUUCACAGACCGUUACAAAAGCUAAUACCUUUCGAGAUCGUCCAGGAUGACGUCGACAAGCAUGAAGGGGAUGACAACGAUAGGAACGCAGAACAGCAUAACACGACUGAGACCGAGUCAAGAGCGGAUGAGCGAAAAGGAAGUAGAAGACCAACGAGGAAGGCAGCGAUCGAUGGAGAAAACUUGCGGAGAAUUCGCGAACAGUAUACAUAG